UGGGUGCAGUAACUUCUGAGGACUCUGAGCGCCGCUGUUCACCCACUAGGAGAGAACCGCAGCAAGCGCUCAAUCCGGAUUUUCAGGACUCCAACUACACAAAGCUCCACAGUUCCUGCAAACAGGCUCCAGGAAUGCAGCGAAACUCAGUCCGGAAUUUAAGGUGCGCAGGCUGCAGAGACUCCCUGCAGCCAGAGAAAGAAAAAGGACCCAGUCAAAACACACAGCGUGCCCAGUGAGGACUCAGCGAGAAUUCCGUCACCAGACAACAAUGGCCGCUCAAAGGAAUAGCUCCGACCGCAGCGCGCUGGUCCAGCUCUGCCUUUUCCUCUGUAUGCCGUGGCAGGCCGAAGCUCGGCAGAUCCGCUACUCCGUUCCCGAGGAGUUAGAGAAAGGCUCUUUUGUGGGCAGCAUCUCCAAAGACCUGGGGCUGGAGCCCCGGGAGCUGGCGGAGCGCCGAGUCCGCAUCGUCUCCAGAGGUAGGACGCAGCUCUUUGCUCUGAACCCGCGAAGCGGCAGCUUGGUAACCGCGGGCAGGAUAGACCGGGAGGAGCUCUGCGCUCAGAGCGAGCCGUGUCUGGUGAGUUUUAACAUUCUUAUGGAAGAUAGGGUGAAACUUUUCGGAGUAGAAAUAGAAGUAACUGAUAUCAACGAUAAUGCACCAAAAUUCCAAGCAGAAAAUCUAGAUGUAAAAAUUAAUGAAAACGUCGCUCCAGGAAUGCGCUUUCCUCUCCCGGAAGCUCUUGAUCCGGAUGUGGGCGUGAACUCCCUACAGAGCUACCAGCUCAGCUCCAAUAAGCACUUCUCCCUAGCAGUUCAAAGCCGUGUCAAUGGCGUUAAGUACCCAGAGCUGGUGCUGGAGCACGCCCUGGAUCGCGAGGAAGAGGCAAUGCACCAUCUGGUACUAACUGCCGUCGACGGGGGUGACCCUCUCCGAUCUGGCACUGUCCUCAUCAGUGUGACUGUUUUCGAUGCAAAUGACAAUGCUCCGGUCUUCAGUUUGUCCGAAUACCGAGUGAAUGUUCCCGAGAACUUGCCUGUGGGUGCACAGCUGUUGACAGUCACCGCCACUGACAGGGAUGAAGGUGCCAAUGGAGAAGUGACAUAUUCAUUCCGAAAAUUACCUGACACACAACUGUUGAAAUUCCAACUAAACAAAAAUACGGGGGAAAUAAAACUAUCAGAAAAUCUAGAUUAUGAAGAAACAGGUUUCUAUGAAAUAGAAAUACAAGCUGAAGAUGGAGGGGCAUAUCUUGCAACUGCUAAAGUGUUGAUUACAGUAGAAGAUGUAAAUGACAACAGUCCAGAGGUGACGAUCACAUCUCUGUUUAGUCCCCUGAUGGAAGAUUCACCUCUGGGGACUGUUAUAGCUCUUUUAAACGUGCAUGAUCUGGACUCCGGGCAGAAUGGGCAGGUCACCUGUUCUAUAUUGGGGAAUCUACCAUUUAAGUUAGAAAAAUCCAUUGACAGUUAUUAUAGAUUGGUGACACACAAAGUCCUUGACAGGGAACAGGUAUCUUCUUACAAUAUCACAGUAAGAGCCACAGAUGGAGGAAGUCCACCCCUAUCCACGGAAACUCACUUCACCCUGCAAGUGGCAGAUAUCAAUGACAACCCACCCACCUUCUCUCACAUCUCCUACUUUACCUAUAUCCCAGAGAACAACCCCAGAGGUGCCUCCAUCUUCUCAGUGGCUGCACUGGACACAGACAGUGAAGAAAAUGCUCGGGUUAUUUACUCCCUGGCUGAAGACACUAUCCAAGGGGCACCUCUAUCCUCCUACGUCUCCAUCAAUUCUGACACAGGAGUACUGUAUGCACUGCGAUCCUUCGACUUUGAGCAGUUUCAUGACCUGCAGAUGCAGGUGACAGCCACUGACAGCGGGGACCCACCGCUCAGCAGCAACGUGUCACUGAACAUAUUUGUGCUGGACCAGAAUGACAAUGCGCCCGAAAUCCUGUACCCCACUCUCCCCACCGACGGUUCCACUGGCGUGGAGCUGGCACCCCGCUCUGCAGAGCCUGGCUACCUGGUGACCAAGGUGGUGGCUGUGGACCGAGACUCAGGUCAGAACGCCUGGCUGUCCUACCGCCUGCUCAAGGCCAGCGAGCCAGGACUCUUCGCGGUGGGGCUGCACACGGGCGAGGUGCGCACAGCACGGGCCCUGCUGGACAGAGACGCGCUCAAGCAGAGCCUGGUGGUGGCGGUCCAGGACCACGGGCAGCCCCCUCUCUCUGCCACCGUCACGCUCACCGUAGCUGUGGCUGAUAGCAUCCCAGAUGUCCUGGCUGAUCUGGGCAGCUUGGAGGUCCCGCACGCCUCUGAUGCUUCAGGCCUCACGUUGUAUCUGGUGGUGGCGGUGGCCGCGGUUUCCUGUGUCUUCCUCGCCUUUGUCAUUGUGCUGCUGGCGCUCAGGCUGAGGCGCUGGCACACGUCGCGUGUGCUCCGGGCUUCUGGAGGCGGACUGGCAGGCGUACCAGCCUCUCACUUUGUGGGCGUGGACGGGGUGCGGGCUUUCCUGCAGACCUAUUCCCACGAGGUCUCGCUCACCGCGGACUCGCGGAAGAGUCACGUGAUCUUCCCUCAGCCCAACUACGCGGACACGCUCAUCAGCCAGGAGAGCUGUGAGAAAAAGGAUCCUCAGUCUUUGUUAGAUGAUUCGAAGUUUCCUAUAGACGAUACCCCUUUGGUGCCACAAGCCCCGCCCAACACGGACUGGCGUUUCUCUCAGGCCCAGAGACCCGGCACCAGCGGAUCCCAAAACGGCGAUGAAACCGGCACCUGGCCCAACAACCAGUUUGACACAGAGAUGCUGCAAGCCAUGAUCUUGGCCUCCGCCAGUGAAGCCGCUGAUGGGAGCUCCACCCUGGGAGGGGGUGCCGGCACCAUGGGCUUGAGUGCCCGCUACGGACCCCAGUUCACCCUGCAGCACGUGCCCGACUACCGCCAGAACGUCUACAUCCCCGGCAGCAAUGCCACUCUGACCAACGCAGCUGGCAAGCGAGAUGGCAAGGCCCCGGCAGGUGGCAACGGCAACAAGAAGAAGUCGGGCAAGAAGGAGAAGAAGUAAUGCGGAGGCCAGGCCUUGGAGCCACAGGGCAGCCUCCCUCCCCAACCAGCCCAGCCUCUCCCUAGCUGUGCCCAGGCCUCGGAUUUUCAGGGCUCACCCCCAGGAUACUGGUAGGGGCCCAGGCCAUGCUCCCCUUGGGAAACAGAAACAAGUGCCCAGUCAACACCGCCCCUCUGCCCCCAGGGGAUUGAAUAUGCAAAGGGAGUUCUGCUGGGAACCCCCAUCCAAUCAAUUGCUGUGCCCAUGGGGGUAGUGGGUUAGUGCAGACACCAUUUAUCACACCCCCUUCAGCUACAGCUGAACUCCUCCAUCUUCCAAAUUCAAUCAGGCCCAUCCAUCCCCUGCCUCCCUCCUCCCCGACCCACCCCACCCUCCUCCUCAGCAGCUCCUCUUUCUUAAGUUGUUUGGGGGUGUUGAGGUACCUGGUGACCUAAAAAGGCUCAUAGUUCUGAAGAGUUGGAAGGGCAUCAUGACCUCUUGGCCUCUCCUUCAGUUCUCAGACUUCCCCCAAAGCAUGGUUUGGUGCCAAUCCCUUCACCUCCUUCCAGGACCUGAGACCAAGCUCAAGUUUUGGGAGAUAUGGUCACCAUUCCCAUGGUACUGAUGCUUGCUGGAUUUAGGGAGGGCAUUUUGCUACCAUGCCUCUUCCCAACACCCUGGGGACCAGUCUUUUGUUUUGUUUUUCAUUGUUUGAUGUUCCCACUGCAUGCUGUGACUUCCCCCUCCCCAAACAAGAGACUUCACUGCAUGUUCUAAGACAGUAUGGGGUGGUAAGAUAAAGAAGGGAAGGGCGUGUGUGUGUGUGUGUGUGUGUGUGUGUGUGUGUGUGUGUGUGUGUGUGUAUGGGGGGAUGGACAAAGCUUGAUCCAUCAGUUAACAGGGUCUUGCAGGAGGCUCUGUAUGCCCCCAGGGUACUGCCCAGAUCCCCAGAUUCCAGCCAUAAGCCAAGCACCAGGCUGGACCCUCAUCUAUCAUAUACAGGGCAGCCCAGGCAGCCAGCGGUGGGCUGAGCUACGGGCACCAAUGGAUUUAAACUGGCAUUAUGGUCCAAGGAAGCUCCGAGCAGGUUUGGGACCAGGUCCCCUGGAGAGGUCAGAGGGGCCUCUGUGGGUGCUGGGUACUCCAGAGGUGCUGCUGGUGGAAGGAUCAGUGUGGCCCCAGCAGGAAGGGAGGGCCAGCUAGACCAUUUUUGGUCCCUGGGUUGGGAAGGAAAGGAGCUAGAGCAGGGACCAAGUGGAAAGUGUCAGCCCAGGAUCAGGGCUUCUCCACAGGGCCCCUGCAUCCAGCAGCCCCAGUCCUUCACCUCGACAGGUGCCAUUGCUUCUCUGUGAAGGCCACUGCCCAGGCCCCCAGUCCGCCCCCUCGUGGCCAGAGCCUGGUUAAAGUCCCCCAGUGCCUCCUUGUGCAUAGACCUUCCUCUGCCCACCCCUUCUGCCCCCGGCGUCCAGUUCACCCAGAGGGGCUUCGCGAGAACCCCACCCCGGCCCUUGCAGUGGUGUAGAGCCCCCCCCUCCCCUUUCGGCUGGUGUAGAAUAGCCAAUAGUGUAGUGCGGCGUGCUUUUCCGUAAUGGCGAGUGGGCCGCGGGCGGCGGGCUCCGCGCAGCCGUCUGUCCCCGAAUCUGCCUGCGGCGGCCCGUGCUGUGUUUCGUGCUGUGUCCACGCGCUGCGGCGACCCCCUCCCGCGUCCUGACUCCUCUAAGCGCUUCUCUUUGCAUAGUCACGUAGCUCCCCACCCCACCCCCUUCCUGUGUCUCACGCAAGUUUUAUACUCUAAUAUUUAUAUGGCUUUUUUUCUUUGAAAAAAAUUAAAAGAUUUCUUCUGAAAGGUU